AUGAGUGAAUAAGAUUACAAAGCCAAUUCGCGAUAUUCAACACUAGAAUCCAAUACUUACUAGAGUCAGCUGUUGUCGACUCAUUUUGGAAAAUUAUUAGUUAAGAAUGAAGCAUUCUUCAACCAUCUAAAAGGAGAUUGUAUUUGCGGCCGAUGCAUUUGCGGAUAAUGUAAAUGUCCUAAAAUGCUUCUGUCCAAUGAUUUUAAGAAAGGAUAAGAAUCAUUAUAUUAAAGGGAAUUUAUUACACAUGGUAAAUAAAGGUAAAUACCUCUAAUUGAUCACAAUGUAACUUACAAGAGUUAAUUGCCAAUGGAUAUAGAUACUAUAUAAAGAAGUACAUAUUAAGGUCAUCCUGAUGCUAAGCCAGCAGAGUCUUUAAAACCAGAAUAAAAAGUGUUUUUAAUCCCAUUUAGUAGUUCAUCAGCAUAUCGACUUGAUUAUGCUGGAGGAGGAAUGUCAUCUCUCAAAAUUAAUCCACCUCAUCAUCCAACUGUCGUAGAUAUGCCUAUGACUACUCAUUCUACUUAUCAAGAUAACUUCUAUAAAAAACCAAUUCCAAGGGAAGAAUUUCUAACAACUGCAAAUAAAAGUAGUUUCAAAAGCCCAAUAUCUCCAGAGCUACCUUUUAUUCAUCAAUCUACAAAUAAUGCUUUUUACAAACCGUAUUAAACUGGAAAACUUAAUAAAGUUGAUCCUGAAUUAAAAAUUAAAAUGAUUCCUGCUUUUGAAGGUUAAUUUAAUUCUAUAACCUAAAAAGACUUUGAUGACAAGAAUCCGAAAAAGUGCCCAUCUAGAAUUUUAUUGAACUCAUUAUACAAAGAAAAACUGUAAUAAAUAGCUUGA